UUAGCACCGUGAGGUCCUUGUAUAUAUAUAUAGAGCAGAUCUAACACCUAAAUCUGCGUAUCACGUACAAGUACUUUAAAUAGCAGACUCGUCAAUCCAUCCAUCAUGUCGUACGCGGGUGUAUCUGUCAUCGCCGACGGCAAGCUCGUGGGCGGUUCUACCUCACCAAACGUCGAUGCCGGUGCGGCCAGCGGGUACCACUUGCUCGCAGUGGAAGGCUACUCGGAGACCCAGAAACCCAUCUGGUCUCGCAGUUUCACCAUCGGCGGCCAAUGCUGGGGCAUCUACUACAACCCCGGCGGCAACCACCUGGACAUCGCCGACUUCAUAUCGCUUGAGCUUUGCCUCAUGGACAUCACUUCAUGUCCCGUGAAGGCACAGUUCGAGUUCAGCUUCGCUCAAGACACCGACAACCAAGAUCCUGCACGUAUCAAUGUUAGCAGAGUAUCGGAGUUUCGGGCUUACUUCGAGUCCCACAAAAAGCUCAUCAAAAGAGAAGCCUUGGAGAAACACAUCAAGCACAACAGUUUCACCAUACGGUGCGACAUCAUGGUGGUGGAUGAUGACACCGCCGCCGCCACUCCUCCCAUCAUCGUGGUGCCGCCGUCCGACAUGCGCCAAAAUUUCACUGACUUUCUCCUGACCCGGGAGGGCACCGACGUUGUCUUCGAGGUCGGCAGCGAGAUGGUCGCCGCCCACCGCUGCGUUCUCGCGGCCCGCUCUACUGUUUUCAAGGCAUUGCUCUUCGACCCCACCAAGGAGAGGACGUCGCUGACGACGACGGCCACUAUAGUCCAGCAGGUAGACGACAUGGAUGUGUCGGUGUUCAAGGCGAUGCUUGGGUUCAUUUAUGGUGAAUCUCUGCCGGUGUCGGCGGACCAUGAGAACGAGGGUGUCAUGCUACAUCACCUGCUCGUCGCGGCGGAUCGGUAUGAUGUCCCGAGGCUCCGGUUGUUGUGUGAGAAGAAGUUGUGCGAGAACAUUUGCGUGAGUACGGCGAUGACCAUCUUGGCGCUUGCUGAGCAGCAUGGCUGCAAUGGCCUGAAUAAGGCGUGCUACGAUUUCCUCCGGUUUCGGGUUAACCUGAGGGCGGCGGUCGCCACGGAUGGCUUUGAUCAUCUGUGCAGGAGCUGCCCUCCUGUUAUGAAGGAGGUGAUCCUUGCCAUGCUUCAAAUUUCAUAG